AUGGUUGGAACCUUUUUAGAACGUAUUCAUCAUUUGUCAUCCCCUAAAAAAAGCCCAGAAUCAUCACCAAAAAGAGGUUCUUUUAAAGAAUUCAAAUAUCCAUAUAUUAUAGAGUUUUUAAACAAGUUAUAUAAUGAAAUAAAUCCCUCAAUAAAUAAAGGUUGGUUGGCAACAAUUUCCUCAAGUAGCAACAUUAACAUAUUGCUCGAAGAUACAUUAAAAGAUGAUAAAAGUUGGAUUGCAAUAGAACUUGAUGGUUAUUAUAAAGUCUGUAAAAUUGAUGAAAGAGAUGAAAAAUUUCCUACAUUUAAAUCAAUUGCAACAACUGGUUUUAAAACUCAAAAUUGUGAAGUUAAUCAAAGUUUAGGAGUUUCAAGAUCAAGUAGUAAUAGGAGAAUGGUUAUAUCAAUUUGUGGUAUAGAUCCAUUAUCUCAUUCAACCAACCCCAAUUCGUACUCAUUAUUAUCAGAAGCAAUCCAAAAAGAUACUUUAAAAUCAUUUUCAUUGGUUAAACUCAAAAACUUGCAUCAAAAUUUUAAUUUACCAGCUCCUGCCCAGUUAACAUGUGAAGACCUUUCCCAAUCUCUAAGAACGUCUCCUCCAUUAGUAUCAGAUUUUUAUAAAAAAUGGUUCAAUGUAAUAGAUAUUCACAAUAGAUAUCUAUAUUCAGGUGGUAUUCAUGGAUAUGUUAAAAAUUGGAGAAUAUUUGCUGUUUCAUGUUUAAUCAAGUCUUAUAUCAUCAAUAUCUAUUCAUUUUAUAUGUCAAUUACAUCAAAACACAUGAAGUUUGAAGAAUUUAAACAAAUUUUCAUACAUAGCAUUAGAGAAGUUAAUUUAGUCCCAAAAAGUCCAUCCUCAAAUCAAAAUCAAAAUCAAAAUUAA